AUGGCGGUCGCCACAUUUGAGGUCAUCCAAUUCAGUGCUCCGAACGCUCCUCGUAUCUACACACCGGCCGGUAGCUUCACCGGCACGCGCCACGUACCCACCUACGGCGGACCAGACCCAGACCCUGACCCCGACCUGGACGACGGAGACUUGGACAAGAACGCAGACGAGGAGUCAUUGGAAUCCGGCUCUUCCCGGGACCCCAUCAGGACCAGGUGGCCCUCCCAGGUGAUACGGUUCGCCGCAAACCAAGACUACAAUCCAGACGCCACUCACUCCGUGGCCCUAGCCUGCAUCUACGACCGGCACGUAGCAAUUGUGUACCCCACCCAAGACUUGGCCAACUCUUGCGGGCUCAACAGAACUAAGUCGGCCACGACCACCUGUAUCCCCCCCCUUGGACUCCCUACCGUUGGACACCAUUUCGGCAUGACCGGUCCCAACCACGGCAACCACGGAACAAGAGGCAGCCACGGAGCAAGUGGCAGUCGUGGAACAAGUGGCAGUCGUGGAACAAGUGACAGUCGUGGAGCAAGUGGUAGUCGUGGAGCAAGUGGCAGCCGUGGAACAAGUGGCAGCCCUGCAGCAGGUGGUAGCCAGCGGGUGACUGGUCACUGUUUCGUGAAGUGCGCCAGUGGGCACUCUCUCGCUGUGCCCGCCGUAGGGAAGGUGUGGGACACGAGUUGGUAUUUUUGCGCACCGGAGGACACACGACUGGAGUAUGUAAGCCAUACCGAACAAUUGGUUAGUUUCCGAGUUCUCACAGAGGACGGAUCUCCUAUAUGUCUUGCCGAGAAAUUUAAUCAUCCUAUUCAAGACGGUCAUACUAUUCAGGACCGCCAUACUAUUCAAGAUGGUCAUCCUAUUGUAGAUGGCCGACGUAUUGCAGAAGGUCAUCCUAUUCUAGAUGGUCAUCCUAUUACUGGUGGUCAUGCCACUGGUGUUCCAAGUAACUCUGUUCCCAAUCGUCACGACUCGGAUGCUCGUGCAGCCCCCGUCAAUUCUUUGCCCGGUCGGCAGACGGUUCCGGGUUAUUCAUCGCACGUCGUGGACAGUUCCACUUUCAGUGGGAGUACGACUGCAGACGGGCAGCGACGCGACAGCGUGAGUGUGUGUUGUGAUGACGCCCACGGAGUCACGUGUCGGCAUGGACUCGAACGCGGGAGCUUGUGCUCGGCGAACGAAAAUGGGUAUAGUUUCCUGCUGCUUGUGGUGGACUUGGCUUCGCUCUCGUGGUAUCUCCACCCAGGAUCCUUUCCAAUCAAGAAUUUAAUGGUGUUCAGGGUUCCGCUGGGGUACAACUUUGCGACGGAUAUAGAUAUCUUCUCGAAGAAACCCACCGCCAUACUGGCUACGAGCACACGUGUGUUUAAGGCUUCGUUUACGGACCUCGGAACGGCCGAGAUCAGCCCGAAUGGGCACAGCGGACGACACUUCAUAAUGACCAGAGAACCUCAGCUACUUUAUUCCGAAUCGAAAGACAUCAUCUCCAUCAAAGCCAUGGGAGAUAAGCUGUUUUGGUGUCUGGAGGACUGUCUACGCAUCAUGGAUGUCAAUUCCUUGGCCAAAAUUGGCUACGCUAAACUCCGAGAUAAAGAGAGGGAGCAAAACCUCGCUUCAAGUUUCCAGCCGGAUGUCGGUCACGUGCGAAGGCCUGAAGCGAGGUUCAUAGUGUGCGAGAAGGAGAAAAUAUUCGUAGUGACCGAAUCGGGGAUUUGUGCGCAUUUGAGACUGUUGAAAAAGUCGGGCACGAACAUGCAAACGGUUACAGUCGCUCAAGUACUGAGCAGAGGUUCUCUUCACUACGAAGAUUCGCAAAUUCUCAACGUUAUAAACUGCUACCCUAGAGGUCAUGAACAGCUAGUUGUCCUAUGGCAAGGACCGCAAGACUCAGUUUGGGGUGGCAUGUGUGACUUCAAUGGUAAUAUAAUUGCUCAGUAUCAGUUGACCAAGGAUACCUCAAUCUGCCAAGAGUUUGACGCGAUGUGCUUUGUGAAUCGUCAUGAGUUGGCCAGAUACAAGCAUCUCACAGCGUCGGAACAGCUCUUAAUCAACUUGAGAAGGCUGGUCUGCAAAGAUCUACAGCUGGAUCCUCCGCCCGUCGACCAGGUUACCGCAGCACUAAGAACUGGAAAGCAACUACUAUUGUCUGACGGUGAUGACGUGGAACAUUGCGAAGAAUUAGCUGAAUAUCUUCACGUCAUCCAAAAUGGAUGUAUCAUGCUAGAUAUAAAUGAAAUUACAGGUUUGAAGCGGUUCCACGUUAUCAGUGGUACCCUUAUAGCCCUUGGCCGAGACCGCUACAAAAUUGAAGGUAAGGACAUGGUGAGGUACUUAUGUAAAUAUCAAGAAGUCUAUACUGUCGUAUUAUUGAUUGACUUGUAUCACAGAUUUAAAAGAAGACUUGACUGGCAUAGGAUCUAUAAAUACUUUAACGGUGCUCAAUGGUCCAUCGGAGCGUUGUUAUGCUGCCAUUUUGAGUUGCUAGAGCGUAAGAUUUUAGGUGAUGCGCGCGUUUGUCAAAAUGACGCGCGCGUUUGUCAAAAUUUUAUAAACGCUUUGGUAUCAAUUGAUGCGGAGAUCUACGUCAAAGGUAUCCGGCUGAGGACUCGUUCUACGUCAAUGGGUAGUCUGAACGGUAGUCGACCCAGCUUGACCCGAAACGGACCAGGACAUAAAGCAAUUUUGACGGACGGUACUUCAGUAAUGUAUCAUUUGGUUCAAGUGUUAUGUAGGUGGCCUGAAGUCUUGGGUUUGGUGAGCCGGUGUUUGUCUUCGGUGGAAAAGACUAAAGCGUACUGCAUUGCUAUAUGUAGCUGGGUUGACGCAAUCAACGCAUCCCUGGACGACGUGCGUCCUUUACCAGAUGAGCUGGUUCGGAUGUUGGCGGACCCGGAGCUAAAGCACGUGUGUCUGUCGCCUCCGAAGGAGACAAACGGGCCGUUACUUUAUCUGCAAAGCAUUAAGCGCAGCAGUCACUUGUACACCUGUCAGAUGAUAAAGCAAUGCUUGGUGUACCCGCAGCACGAUGACUUCUCCGCAGUACCGCGAGACAGCCUGGAAGUGGUGGUGAGGAAGCGAGAUAGUAUCGGGAGCAGUAACAAUCUGGGAGACAGCACAGCGGACGAUUGGGGCGGCAACACUCUUACGGAUGACUUGGACUCAACCGACUUGGGGGGGGAUUCAGCGCGGAAAGGGGGCUGCCUGCUGCCGAAUGAAGGCAGCGUCCAGACGCGGUACCCGAUAUACAAGGGCCUGCAAAAGGGAGCAAACAGGACGGGGCAGCUAUUACGUUCGUUAGUUCUCCCAUGCGUGGACUCGCCGGGACGGGCAGCGGGACUUGGAUCUGGAGCAGGAGGUGAAGCGGUAGUGGAGACUAGCGCCAAGUCUAGACACCCGUCGGCGGGGUGCAAUCUGGCUUUGCCUCGUGCGACGGUGGUGGCUUUGAUUUGUUUUGAGGUACUGGCGGAGCCGUUUUGGUGGUCGGCGGCGCAUGUAGAAGCUGUGAGCAGGAGUGAGGUGGCAAAGAGUUUGCUCGCUGCGUAUAUCUGUAGUGCAUUGGCUGCGGCUGACCCGUACUUUACGGAGCGUUAUUCACGACGUUCAGUAAGCGACUCUGAGUGUUUCGCCAAGUUAUUUUGCGAAGACGGCGGUGAUCUUUCGCCGUCGGGAGGACGAUUUCCUGCUGCCCGUGACUCGGCUGGUCGCGACCGGAGCGGGUCUCUGACGCGUCAAGAGUUGUGUGAGCGCGAGCAAUCGCCAAAACUUAUGUUGCUGGAAUGCUGCAAACACGCGUGUGGUGAGGAGCGCUUUUCAGCCCGGUCCCGACGUCGCGCGUCCUUUACCGACUUCAACCAACUUCGCCGCGCACCGUCGCUACCGCGGCAAAGACGCAUGUCUUGUGCUCCCGGCGCGGCCUUACCUGGCGGCGUGCUCAGUGCAGGGCCAGGCGGAGUUCUACAUGCUGGAGUAGUGCUCAGUGAUAGAGUAUCGGACAAGGUCACUGGUUCAGUUAGGACGACCCGUGAACCCACGACCUUGGACCUGCUUUGCGAUUCCGCCGGCAGUUCCGUCUGCCGUGGGUUCACGGGAUCCGAAGCGCAGUUUCUGCGAGCGGGCGGCUACCUCGCUCUAGCAAGUUGGGAUCGCAUCCAUUUCGGGCCGGCACAGGCGCUGAGUCUCUGCUGCUUCGCUAUACGACUGGGUUUGUUGAGCACCGUCUUCGACAACUUGCUUGAACGCGGUCUCCUGCUCUGGGCAGGGGCCGUCCUCGUUUUCGGUGAACUCAACCGUCUCAAUGACUACAUGCAACGUGCCCAAGAACUCGGCUGCGCCUGCCACUCCUGCUCACACAUCGACUUCUCGCUCAACCACGACGGCGCUCUCCGACAGGCACGCUGCGCCCUACGACUUGGCUCACUUAUUACCGCCGUCAUCGAAAACGAACUGCCCGUACUCUCUUGGGAAAGCGAACUGGUCCACGCCUGUUCUCCCAAUCCCGCCAUGGCCGUCCAACGCUUCUUCCUCAAACACCUCACCUAUCUCGAGCACGCUCGCAUCCCUCCACAAUGGCUGGUAAACAUCCCCACACAUCCCUACAACCCUGGUAGCCACACCAACCAGAAGGACUACCUCUAA